AAUGACAUCAGAUGUUAGUUUUAUGCUGGAGGCCGCCUUAGAGCAGAUGGAUGACAUCAUCGCUGGGUCUAAGGCUGUGGUGUCAGCGGAUGAUGUUAACUCUCCGGCGCUACAGCGUACAUUCCCAGUGUGUCCUGCUCAUCUCAGGGUUCUGCAGCUGGCCGAGGAGCUGAAAUUUGCUCUGGAAGGACAGACAUGUGUAGAGGACAAGGAGACCCUGCGGAGACAGAUGUCCUCUUCCACAGCUCACACUCUGCUGCUGUGGCUUGACCGGAGAUCAGAGAUUUCAGUCAAUGUGCAAGGCUCAAGCAAUGGUGAGAGCUACCAGGAGCGACUGUCUCGUCUAGAAGGAGAUAAAGAGUCUCUUGUGUUACAGGUGAGCGUGUUGACAGAUCAGGUGGAGGCUCAGGGAGAGAAGAUCAGAGACCUGGAGAAUUCUCUUGGGGAAUAUCAGCACAAGCUCAGCUCCACUGAGGAGAUGCUUCAACAGGAGCUUCUGAACAGGAGUUCUCUAGAGUCGCAGAAGUUGGGGUUGAUGGAGGAAGUGUCCUGUCUAACAGUGAAGCUGGGGAACAUGGAGGAGAAACACAUCAACACUGCUGAGAGACAACAUAAAGCUGAGAGUGUAGUGAAUCUGAUUAGCGAGCUUCAGGAGCAGAUGUGUAGGAUUCGGCAAGAGAUCUCUAGUAAGAUCCAAGAGAAGCCAGCGGAGACGGUCCCGGAGGAAGGUUGCGGCAGUGAGCCAGCGGCUGAGCCAAAGCCAGCGAACCUGCUUCAAGAGCUCAAGAUGCUCAAGCAUCGAGUUGAAGAGCUGGAACAGGAGAAGAUGCAGUACGAGCAGAAGCUCCAGGUGACACAGGCAGAGAUCCUGAGUUUACAGCAGCUGUUGAGCUGUAAGAACUCUGAGAUAGAGAGUCUACAGGCUCAGCUGCUCUCCAGAGCUCCAGUGUCUGUAGACAGUGCAGAAAGAGAGGAGAUAUACAGAAGAAGACUCAACACCAAACAUCAGGAACUAGAAAGGUUAAAGACAGGAAUGGAAUCACUUAUUGUCGCAAAUGAUGAAAAGGAUCGUCAAAUAGAAGAGCUCACUCUCCUCCUCAGCCAGUUCAGACAGAUGAAUGAGAUCAUGACUUUAGUUCAAGGCCCUGAAGACACAUCAGUACAGAUCAGCAGCGAAGAUGCAAAGCAGAACGGGACUGUAAUGAUGAAGACUUUAACACAUAAAGCUCACUCUGAGUUGACCUUUAGUAGCUCGACUCCUCUACUGUCGUCUUCAGUUUCUACUCCGAAAGAUGCAAAUUGCAGGUCCAUCAGUAUGGAAGACUUUAAAGGCAGCUCAGCACAAAAGGCUGUGGAUGGGAAACUGGUAGAGCCUGUUCUUUCAGAGGAGACUCGGCCAGCUGAUAACAGACAGCCGACCAUCCCAACAGUGUUGAGUCACCCAGAGAAGAGAGAGAAUGAGACAAGUGACAUGUCAGACCAGAAGACACCAGAGAACAAGCAUGAAGACAUCAACCUUAGAAUUACAGAGAAAAUUAAGGACACAGCCAGUUCUGAUCUUUCUUCAGCAUCUUCUGGAGUGGACUCUGGCCAGCAGUCUCCCGUGUUACAAGAAAAUGUCAAAAAUAGCAGCAUACGCAAACUUUGGGGAAAGAUGAAGAGGACAGGUGUGCUUUCAGAUGACAUUGAGCCCACUCAGUUCAAGAGAGGAGGGUUCAGGGCCACAGCUGGGCCUCGCCUCACACGGACCCCUGAUUCUGGACGUUCAUCCCGUGCACACACACCUUUCUCUAAGUGGACGACAGAGCAGGUCUGUGGUUGGCUGGAGGACAGUGGUUUGGGACAGUAUGUCAGUUUGGCACGUCAGUGGGUGGACAGCGGACAAACCCUCCUCUCUGCCACUCCACAGGAACUUGAGAAGGAGAUUUGUAUUAAACAUCCUCUGCACAGAAAAAAGCUGCAACUGGCUCUCCGAGCUUUUAAUAACAAGACAAUGGAGAAAUCUUCAGAACUGGAUCACAUCUGGGUUACACGUUGGCUUGAUGACAUCGGUUUACCACAGUACAAAGAUCAGUUCUAUGAAAGCAAGGUUGAUGGCCGCAUGCUACAGUACCUAACAGUGAACGAUCUCUUGUUCCUGAAAGUCACCAGUCAGCUCCAUCAUCUGAGCAUUAAAUGUGCCAUCCAUGUCCUCCACGUUAACAAGUUUAACCCAAACUGUUUGAGACGCAGGCCAGGGGAUGAGAAUAAGACAUCUCCCUCUGAGGUGGUGCAGUGGUCCAACCAUCGUGUGAUGGAGUGGUUGAGGUCGGUGGAUUUGGCUGAAUAUGCUCCUAACCUGAGAGGCAGCGGUGUUCAUGGAGGCCUAAUUAUCCUGGAGCCUCGCUUUCAGUCUGAGACCUUGGCUAUGCUGCUCAACAUCCCUCCACAGAAGACCCUCCUAAGACGCCACCUCACCACUAACUUUAACACAUUGGUGGGGCCUCAGGCCCAGCAGGAGAAACGGGAGUUUGCCAAUGCCAGUAGGCAUGCACCCCUUACCACCACUGCCAAAGUCAGGCCAAAGAAGCUUGGUUUUACUAAUUUCCGACAACUAAGAAAACUCAAGAUGGAUGAAUCAGCAGAUUAUAUAUGCCCCAUGGAUACAGGGACCCCACCAGCCCUGAGCGGGACACCGAAGCGGCCUUAUGGAAGCUUCAGAGGCAUUAGCCCCAUCCUGGCCAGAGACUCAGACAGACUGGAGCAGGUUGGGUCUAAGAACUGAUUCAUUGCGUCUUCGAUUCAGCCACACCAGUAACACCAUAAACUGCCAGCACUGCAGUAAGCAUGCUUUCAGUCUGCUGCUUGAAGAACUUCAGCAUUAACAUCAUCAAUCAGGAGAAGCCUAGAACUGAUCCUUCAGUGUGGGCUCUGAAAAUCAUUUAUAAAUAUAUUAUUAUUAUUAUUAUUAUUAUUAUUAUUAUUAUUUUAUUUUUAUUUUUUUUUGUCUGUCUUUAGGUAGUUCCAAUGUUGAAAUAUCACCAUUUGAAAUUUUCUCAAGUUUUGAAAUGACCAAUAAACUGUUUCUUUAUUUUUUUUCUCUUUCUCGUGAUUUGAAAACACUGUAGUAAAACUUGUUUGCCAUAUUGAAGUUAUGCAUUAUAAGAUAAACCAAUUACACUUUAGAAUACUGUUCCAUCUAAUUACACAGGAACAAAUGAGUAAUGCAAUAUUAUCGUUCCGUUCUAGUAACUCAACUAAAAAGAAACGUUACGUUUGCAACGUCAAGUUUCUCUGAAUAGAGGACAAGAUGGUGCAUCAGAAGGUGAUGCUAUGGGAACGCACCCCAGAUGUGGAGUUUGUCUAAAGCCUGUAUUUACCAAUAUGAUAGUCAGUAUUGGAUCAAUGCAUCCCUAAUAGAAACACAACAAUUAUUUGGCAAAUAUUCACACUGCAGGACUCAGUAUCACCAACAGUUUGAGAUGUUUAGCAUGCUAAAGUGACUCACAGGCAUCGGUGACACAUCAGUGCUGAUCUUACACUACGCGACAGUCACACACGUGAAGGAGCACUGAUUUUGGGCAUUUGUCUGCGAUUUCCGCAAAACUGGGAGUGAUUGAAAAUUGGGGCUAAAAUCAUGCAGUGUCAAUUCACCAUUAGGUAAAGCCCACUUUACUAGGAGUGUGGCUUCGUCUCAGGCACUAUCAACAUCAGACAAAGUGAGGAACUGUGAGAAAUUCUUACCCAGUGCAACAUUCUAUACUUUGUAGCCACAAGCCCUUUGUGGCA